AUGAUAAAAAUAUUCGGACCAAAAGCCUCCAAACGUGAUGAAGAAGAAAAAAAAGAAGAAGGUGGAGCUAGACGCAGAACAGCUGGCGAAAUCAGACUUCAGAAAGAAUUGGGAGAGCUAGACCUGCCAAGAAAUGUUAGGAUUACUUUCCCUAAUGACAAUGACAUAAUGAACUUCAAUAUUGACUUGACUGUUGAUGACAACACAUCUCUUUGGUAUGGAGCAUCUUAUAACUUUACCUUUACAGUGCCAAUCGCUUAUCCGCAUGAGCCUCCACGUGUGCAUUGUAACACCAAGAUUUAUCAUCCAAACAUCGAUCUCAGGGGAAAUGUCUGUCUUAAUAUCUUAAGAGGUGACUGGAAGCCAGUCCUUUGCAUCAGCGCUGUUAUCUUGGGGCUAAAUUUCUUGUUCUUAGAACCGAAUCCUAAUGAUCCACUUAAUCAGACUGCAGCAGAAUUGAUGAGAAACAGCAUUGAGAGGUUCAAUGACAAUGUAAGAAGAUCCUUAAGAGGAGGCGCUGUGGACGGAGAACAAUAUCCAAGACUUUUAUAG